AGGGGCCCGAAUGAAUACUGAUGGAGCUGAAUUUUGUGCUUUUGUGGGCCAGCCAGGCCACUCACUAGUGCAGAAGAAGAAGAAGAAGAAGAGUGGACUCGCCAAGGAUGGAAAGAUGGGCUGACGAUGGCAAGUAAAUGAGGGACUGACAUUAUAAAUAUGAGGCAAAUCCACUUGUGACCUUUAUCUCAGAAUCAACAAAGAAGCCUUUGGGAAGAUCUUGUCUUCAGACAAAGCUUUUGGUUUUCCAUAUAUAUACAUAUAGUGUAUAAUUAAGUGUCUUUUGAACCUGUCAAGAAAACAGCAAGCAAAUACUAUUUCUUUUGAUAAAAACAGAAGAAGAUGAUGGAUAGGGUAGGGACAGGAAAGAAACUUGAGGGAGAAACUGUGUCUGGUUGUGUACGAGUACUGGAGGAGAAGGAGGAGGAGGAGGAAGAGGAGAUCUCCGUUGAUUGGAGAGGCAGACCUUGCAAACCUAACAGCCAUGGUGGGAUGACUGCUGCUGCUUUUGUUCUCGGACUUCAAGCAUUUGAGAUGAUGGCAAUUGCUGCAGUGGGAAACAAUCUAAUAACCUAUGUCUUCAAUGAUAUGCACUUUCCUUUGUCAAAGUCGGCAAACGUAGUAACAAACUUCAUCGGAACUGUCUUUCUCCUCUCCCUCCUUGGUGGCUUCCUCUCUGAUUCUUAUCUUGGGAGCUUCUGGACCAUGUUGAUCUUUGGCUUUGUGGAACUUACAGGUUUUAUUUUACUAUCUGUACAAGCCCAUCUCCCACAACUAAGGCCUCCCCAAUGCAACAUGGUCGGAGGAGGGUGCGUGGAAGCAAAGGGUUACAAGGCUAGUAUAUUUUAUGUGGCACUUUACCUGGUGGCUUUAGGAAGUGGGUGUCUAAAGCCAAACAUAAUCUCUCACGGAGCCGAUCAAUUCCAAAAGAAAGACUCCAAGAAACUCUCUUCUUACUUCAAUUGUGCCUACUUUGCCUUCUGCAUGGGCGAGCUUGUCGCACUCACCCUUCUUGUUUGGGUACAAACACAUUCUGGAAUGGAUGUUGGCUUUGGAGUCUCUGCAGCAGCCAUGACUAUGGGCUUGAUCAGCUUAAUUUCUGGUACACUUGUUUACAGGAAUAAACCACCUCGUGGAAGUAUCUUCACACCCAUUGCCCAAGUUUUUGUAGCUGCAAUUACAAAGAGAAAGCAGAUCUGUCCCUCGAGUCCAGAGAUGCUUCAUGGAAGCCAAAACAUAGAUCGUGGUUGCGUUUCUGAUACCUCACCUAACCUCAUCAAUCUGCUUCACACAAAAAAGUUCAGGUUCCUUGACAAGGCCUGCAUCAAAAGUGAAGAUGGAAGAGGAGGAGGGAGGAGUGAUGAAAGCCCAUGGAGGCUUUGCACGGUGAGCCAAGUGGAGCAAGUGAAGAUAAUCAUGUCAGUGAUUCCCAUAUUUGGGUGCACCAUAAUUUUCAACACCAUUUUAGCACAACUUCAAACAUUCUCUGUUCAACAAGGAAGCACCAUGAACACGCAGCUCAGUCUCAGUUGGCUCACAAACAAGUUCCAAAUCCAAAUCCAAAUCCCACCAGCAUCUCUUCAAUCCAUCCCUUACAUCAUGCUCAUAUUUGUAGUCCCUCUUUAUGAGACCGCUUUCGUACCCAUAGCAAGAAAAAUCACUCGAAGGGACUCUGGAAUUUCACCUCUUCAAAGGGUUGGAGUAGGUCUCUUCAUUGCAACAUUUUCAAUGGUUUCAGCUGCAAUUAUAGAGAACAAGAGAAGGAAGUCUGCUUUGAAUUAUUCAUCGAACAACAAAACAAAUCUCAUCUCCAUCUUUUGGAUUGCGCCGCAGUUUCUUAUCUUUGGCCUAUCAGAGAUGUUCACUGCAGUUGGCCUAAUUGAGUUCUUCUAUAAGCAGUCAUUGGAAGGAGGAAUGCAAUCCUUUUUGACAGCCAUGACUUACUGCUCCUACUCUUUUGGCUUCUAUUUGAGCUCCCUCUUAGUUUCACUUGUCAACAAAAUCACCUCUUCAAGCACCUCUUCUGGCCAUGGUGGAUGGCUCAGUCACAAUGACCUCAAUCAAGAUAGGCUAGACCUUUUCUACUGGUUGCUAGCUCUUCUCAGCCUCAUCAACUUCUUCAACUAUCUUUUCUGGUCCACAUGGUUUUCUUACAACAACACAUUUUCCUCCUCUGGGCCUUCUCCAACAACACAUCAUGAUGCAAUUAGUUCCCCUCAAGAAGAAGAAGAACAAAAACAAGACUUGGAAAACCACAGCUUCAACUCUUCAAAGCAUAUUGAAGCUAAUAACACUACUAUACCCUGCCUUAAAUUAUCUCCCUAAUGUUUUCCUUCACCUUAAUUUCUUUUUGACUUCUGUAUUAAAAAAAAAAUCAAAAAAAAAAUAAUAGCAUGAUUAUUAGUAUUAUUAUGGUAGACUUAGACCCACUAGUGUGCACCUGCAACAACAGCUUACAUUGAUGAUCACAUUAUCUAUCAAAAGUUGUUUAUCAUCUCAUCUCAUCUCAUCUAAUGUGUCACUACUAUAUUAGUUUAAAUGAGUCCUAUCUGAUCACAGAUAUCUUGUAAUCAAUCAAUGUGAUAUGGAAAUGUGGUCAUUAUGACAUUAUUAA